AUGGUGGUUUGCAAAUGCAGAAAGGCUACUAAGCUGUAUUGCUUUGUUCACAAAGUCCCUGUUUGUGGCGAAUGUAUUUGCUUCCCGGAGCAUCAAACUUGUGUGGUCCGGACUUAUUCAGAGUGGGUAAUAGACGGAGAGUAUGACCAGCCAAAGUGUUGUCAAUGCCAAGCAACAUUUGAUGAGGGGGCAGGUCAUCAAGUCACUCGGUUGGGUUGCUUGCCUGAGACCAAUCCACGGGACUGCGUAUGUUCUUAA